AUGGGGAAACGCAGCAAGACAAAGAACAAGCCCUCCCAGCAAACUCUCAGUGGAACCUUGCCUGACCUGCAACAAGCCCUUCUGGACUCCAAAGCAGAAAACAAGGAGCUGGCUGCAGAAAAUGCUGCUCUGAAGGAGCAGAUAGCCAGCAAAGAGCUCAACUGGGAGCAAGAAAAAAAGAAACUGCUGGAUGAGAAGGACAGUUUAGUGUCAACUCUGUUUAUGGCUAGAAAUGACCUGGAUAGCCUGGUGAAGACUGUAGAGUCUGAAAGAGCCAAUGCCAAAGACCACUUUGAGGAGCUAGAAAUAAAACUGACAGAACAACGGGUGCAAAAGGUCAAUGAGAUGAAACACAUCUUUAAGAAAUCUGUGAUAGACAUCAAUACAGAGUGGGAAAGACAAUUGGACACUAGACUGAAGGAAGCAGCUGCCGAGAAAACAAGCCAGAUCAUCCAGGAAAAGGAUGACGAGAUCAACAGUCUCAGACAUGAAAUGAUGGCACUGGUGGAGAGAAAUCUGGCCACGCUGAGAGCAAUAGAGACUGAGUUCCAGGAGAGCGAGACUGAGUGGCAAACCAAACACGAAGCUCUGGAGGAUUGUCUCGGUCGUGAACUCGCAGCAAAGCAGGAGAGCUUUAGGAAAACACAGGAGCUGCAGGAACACGGCAGAGUGCUGGAGGAGAGCUGGCUCGCCAAGGAAGAGGAGUGGCUCAGCAAGGCGAGCAAGUUGGAGGAGGACAUUAAGCUCCUGAUUGUGCAAAAUAUUGAGCUUCAGGAGCUCGCCUUAAAAACUGACAAAGAGAAGGCGAAGAUGAAAAAGGAGGAGGAGAGGAUUACCCCCCUCCCAUCCUUCCUCUCCUUACACCCCUAA